AGGCAGGCUGGCUGGCUGGCUGGCUGCCCGGGCACGGACCGUUUCCACUGUCUGUCCGUCCGUCCGUCUCACCUCGUCUCAUCUCGUCUCGUCUCGUUUCGUCUCGUCUCGUCUCGUCUCGUCUCGUCACGUUUCGUCUCGUCCCGUUCCGUUCCGUCUCGUCUGCUCUGUCUCUGAUCUCCUCCACUUCUUUCAGUGUCACCUCGCUUUUCUCGCAGUCACUGUUUAACAUCACCGGUGACUGGUGCACGAGACGAGUAGCCAAAUUAAGAAAUCAUUAUAGCAGUGCUCGAGUGCCGGACAAACAACCUACGUAAAACCGGUCGUUUCGUAGCUGUGACCUUGAAAGCCAGUGGCAGUUCGUGUCUCUGACCUUGGCGCACGGUUCACCAAGUUCUCCAAUGGCAGCGCGACAACCAGUGGCUUACUAGCCACAGCUGAUCGAGCAACGGCCAAGCGGAAUUCCGGCGGACGUCCACGGAGAACGUUGCGUCAUCGGGGAUAAUCAGGAGACAGACGAAUGAAGCUUUGAAGAAUGAAUGUCAAAGACAGGAAGUCGUUUAGAAGAAUCAAUGAAAUGGAAAUUAGCGAAAUUUACAGUACGAACGAAAAUUUGCAUUAACGAUGGAUGCUAAUGGAUUUGGAACAAAGACGCCAGCAGCAGUUGUCGGAUAUUCGCAGAGCAUGAAGAGGAGAAGACUCGACUGACUUCGUAGACGCGUUCGGUGCCAGUUUGGAGGAUGGAGGAGUCCUCGCCAAGGAUUCGUUCCUAUCUGGAAUGCUGGGACCAGAACGAAGACAAGUACUCGGUGGCGAACAGCCAAGCACCGUUGCAAGCUGGCGAGGACGAACAUCCGGAACGUGGCACAUGGACGGGAAAAUUCGACUUCCUGUUGUCUCUUCUGGGCUACAGCGUUGGCCUAGGAAACGUUUGGCGAUUCCCGUAUCUGUGCUACUCGAACGGAGGUGGUGCUUUUCUAAUACCGUUUACGAUAAUGCUCAUCAUCGCCGGGCUACCCUUGAUGUUCAUGGAACUAUCUUUAGGGCAGUACGCGAGCCUUGGCCCAGUGGCAGCUUACAAACGUUUCUGCCCCCUCUUGCGUGGCCUGGGUUAUGGAAUGGUGUUAGUCAGCUCGGUGGUGAUGCUUUAUUACAACUUGAUCAUCGCCUGGACGCUUUAUUACAUCUUUGAUUCAGUGGCUGGAGCUGGUAACUUACCAUGGAGCAAAUGCGAAUCACCAUGGAGCACCGAGGAUUGCUUCAUGCCAGAAGCUGCCGAGGCGUGUGCGUCUCAAAACAUGAGCUACUUCAAAAUGAAAUGCUUGAAUUCUACCCAGAUGGCAUCAAUGGGUUUGACCAUAGAAAAUAUCACCAGCGCCAUUAGAAGACCACCGGCUGAAGAAUAUUUCAACAAUCACGUAUUGGGAAUGAGUAGUGGAAUCGAGGAGACUGGGUCUAUUCGACCCUCGAUGGCGGUGAAUCUCCUGUUAGCUUGGAUCAUCGUCUUCCUCUGUCUGAGCAAAGGUGUUCAAAGCUCAGGAAAGGUUGUGUACUUCACUGCUCUAUUCCCGUACUUCGUUUUGAUUGUUCUUUUCGUUCGGGGCAUUUUGCUACCCGGUGCCAGCGAGGGUAUUCUCUUUUAUCUUACGCCCGAUUGGAGGAGAUUGAUGUCCGCGAAAGUAUGGGGCGACGCAGCGGUGCAAAUCUUCUUCGCCCUGAGCCCAGCUUGGGGUGGCCUCAUCACUCUCAGCUCCUACAACAAAUUCAACAACAAUUGUUACAAGGAUUCGCUGAUCGUCGCGGUCAGUAACAUCGGCACGUCUUUCUUCGCCGGUUUCGUAAUUUUCUCUGUGAUCGGAUUCCUGGCCCACGAGCUCGAUGUCCCGGUCGCCUCGGUCGUCGAUCAGGGGGCUGGAUUAGCAUUUAUCGUCUAUCCUGAAGUAGUAGCUCGUUUACCAGUGGCGCCAGUCUGGUCGCUGCUUUUCUUCGUGAUGCUUCUUAGCCUGGGCCUGGAUUCGCAAUUUGCAUUGAUGGAAACUGUCACCACUGCGAUUCUUGACGCUUUUCCGGCAUUGAGGAACUACAAAUUCUGGGUUGUAUUCGCCGCGGCUGUUUUCGGUUACGCCGGUGGAAUCAUUUUCACUACCAAUGCUGGAAUGUAUUGGCUGCAAUUGAUGGACAAAUACGCAGCCAAUUGGUCGGUGCUGUUGAUCGCUAUAGCUGAGUGUAUCCUGGUCGCUUGGAUCUAUGGUGCGGAUCGAUUUCUCGACGAUGUCCAGCAGAUGAUUGGACCACGUAGCCGUCUUUGGAGGUUUUUCUGGACUUGGAUGUGGAAAGUUAUUACUCCUGCUACGUUGUUCUUCAUUCUCUUCUUCAAUUGGGUCGAAUACGAACCCCUGAAGUACGGAGGAUACGUGUAUCCAAGGUGGGCGGACAUCGUUGGAUGGGUCGUCGGUAUGAUACCCAUUCUGGUCAUCGUUUUCGUGGCCAUCAACCAACUAAGAGAUCCUCGUCGUCGAUCAGCAUACGACGACGACGACGAUGACGACGACGACCUGGACGGCAGACCCUCUUCUCAAAGAUCAGGAAAAGGGAAAACGAAGAAAAGCAAGAACAAGAGCGUAUGGUGGCGUGCAAAGAUGCUUUUGCAGCCUACUUCCGACUGGGGUCCCGCGGCUAGGAAUUCCUUGACCCCGUCGAGAACUCUCACUCACACACCGUCACCAGGACCACCAGGAGGAUACGAUUCCGUAAGGGACACCAUAGUUUUGGUAAACGGUCAACCAAUGAUGGUGCAACCGUCGACCACAUCCGGCACCGCUCAGAAGCUUCCUGGACCAUCGAUCCUCAAGAAUUCAAGUAAAACCGAUCUAAUCACAUCUCAGCAAGUCUGACACGAUGUUCAUUUUAUCUGUAACGACGAGUCUGCCCAGAGAUCUAUCGCCAAAAAUACAACGCGCCAAUAACAGGUAGUCGAGUAUCGCGGAUAGCUUCGUAACCAAGAGAUAGGUGAACAAAAGGAUGUCUUUGAAUGUUCCCGCAAUAGAAGAGAGAUUUCUACGAAUUUAUUUUUUUAAAGAAGAAUAGCCAGAGUAUUUUCUGAUAUAUUCAAAUCUCAACAAUACUAGCGCCUUAUAUUUUUUCCAUUCGAGCAAAGAUUAUUGUUCAUUCCGUUGAAAUCACUUGAAAGAUCUAUUUUCUUAUUCAAAUAAAUUAAUUUCAAUUUAUUUUUAAACGAGCCUUCAAGCAUCUUUUAUCUUCGAUUUAAACAUAAAUUCUGAUUAAAUUUUUUCAAAUCAUUCCAGUUCUAAGUCAGUUAGAAUUUUUAAUCUUCUUCGAUGUCUUCUGAUUUCUAACACCAAAACGGACAAUAUUGAACAGUUCAUUUAAUUACCAGUAAGUGAAAAUCGUUUAAGCGUUAAAGAGGGCUGAGAUCGAGAGACAAUGACGAUCGUUAAAGGACGAAACGAUGCCUGAACAAAUUUUGCGAGACGCUCUAAAUAACGUGCUACGAGAUGUAAUCGUUAGUAAUUACGCUACUCCACUGCUUUCAAUUGUACAUAAAAAAGAAAUGAAACGUACGUAAGGAAACAAUUGAAGAAAGUCACGGAUUGAUUGCCAUGCGUAGGCGACACACAAAUAUUUUACGAUUUAGAGUGAAAAAAUGGGUGGCCAUCACCGAAACGAUUAAUUGCUUCUGUGUAAGAUUUAUCUAAGGUAAUGUUUACUCUUGCAUAGCGAUCGAUCUAGGAUAGUAUCGAGGAAUUCGCCAGAAUUUCAUCUUUAAAGUCGGUCAAAAAACCGUUAUAUUUCCGUACACUUUAAUUUUUAGAAUUUUUACAGGUACAUUCAACCGGCCAUUCGUGUAAGGAUGUAUUCUAUAGGUAUAGUAAUAACGAAAAUAGUCUAUGCUAAUUUAAAUUAUUAAAUCGAAUCGGAGGGAACGAGAUGAAAAUUUAACUUAAUUUGCAAUCUCUAAAUGGAACAUUGCAAUUAACCGGCCAUUCGUAUAGGGGUGUCUAUUGUAGGUAUAGUAGGUAAUAAUGAAAGUAGUUUACACUAAUUUAAAUUAUUCAAGCAAUGAGGUGAACGAAUUUAAAUGAAUUUAAUUUACAUCGUAUCUAUUGAAGUGUACGGAGAUUAUUCUGGCAGAUUGUAUCUAAUAUCGCCCAAAGCCAACAGUCGAAUUCCUUUGCUAAAGCUCGACAAAUUUUUGUCGCAAAGAUUUAUCGUUAUCGGACAGUUCAGAUGGUUCGAACCCAAACGAAUCGUCAAAUUUUUGUAAUGUAACUUAGUAAUCUCGUGAACGUUGAAUAUAUUUCUCGAUGUUGACAUGCGAAAUGUUUCAUACCGUGAUAUGUGUUAUCCUUGCCGAAGGAAUUGCGUUGUCAAAGCGAUGAUUUUCAGUAAAAUUCACCGAAUUUAUUGGACUUUGAAAGAACGAAUUAGAAACAAACGGAGUGGGUGAUUUUACUCGAUGUCCUCCUUAAUUCUCCAAAAUAAUGAGUAUUUCAAUAAUGAGUAUUUAGUACCUUAUAAUAUUAUUUCAUAAAUUACAUAUUUAGGUUGAUCUCCAGUACUUAAAGAAAUUAGAAUUAGUUAUUAAAAUUAACUGUUGAGAGUCAGAUGAAUAUAUCGUUGAGUAAUUAGAUGAAGAUUAUUUAUCGUUAAAUGUUGAUAUAAUAUAUUGGAUUUCUGAUUAUAUUUUCAAGCUACUAACACUUUCAGGGAAACAUAGGCUAGAUUAUUCUAUCUACGAGUGAAAAAGAUCGAAUACCCUUCAAAGUGACGAAGACUGCAGUUCGUGUGAAAGGGUUAUUUUCGCGUCGAUCGUAAGACGGUUGAAGGGUUGCGAGAGGAUAAGCGUAUCGGUUCGAUUCAGACCGAAAAUAGGAAUUAUUAAAAUACACAUUAAGCCGGCGAUGUCGAGCACACCAGACAAUUAAACGCGUACGUACAGUCAAUAAACGUGAGAGAUCGUGAUUCUUUAUUUUUUAUGUGACCCCGUUUGUAAAGUGUUGCCACCUGUAUCAUAUGUAUUAACAUUUGUCGUACAUACACGUAUACACAAGUUACAAGAUGUAAUGAAUAUACAUUAUAGUAUACAUAUACACAUACAAGUAUAUUAUGUAAUAUUUAUAGACGCUUGGUACACUGGUGGUACAUGCGUCGCAUAGUUUAUUUAUUACGUGUACAAAACGAGGAUAUAAAAAAAAUGACACGAUCAUCGUUUGAUAUUAAGAAAUUCAGGGCGGAGUGUCGCGAUAAACGUGCAAACAAUUAACAUUAUUGAAGGAAAAAAAAACCCGCUGCGUUCAAAUUAUAAAACAAUAACAGAAAAUAUGUUAACUCAUAUCCGUGCGAGAGCUUGUUGCGUGAAUCGUUACGUUUCGUGGGUGAAUAAGUGAGAAAUAGAGUGCGUGAUCAGAGUGUAAGAAUAUUUUUUAGAAUAAUAAGGGCCUAACUCCACUUUUUAUCCUCUUAACGACCCACUUGCUCGACUAGAAUAAUGAUUUAACAAUCUGAUUUUUCUUUGAUGAUAAUCACCGAGUUUUGAAAGCAUCAGUGAAAAUUUUGUAAAAUUCUUUUUACCCUGUAUUGUGAAAUUACUUUUUGUGGUAAAUUUACAAGUAAUCGCGGUGGAUGUUAAGAGUUAACCGAAUCGUCCUUUGCCAUCGAUCCUUUGCUCAAAGGGACGAACAAGUGGAGGAGGAUCCUCGCCGUAAGCGUUCCAUACGGAUCCUCGUUGACCUAAUUAACAAUUUAGAAUCUAGUUGUUGUUAAUACUCAGAGCUUCAGAUUAUAGGCGAAACAUUCAACUAGGACGAUAUUCGAAUCCCAAGAUCGGAAUUCGCGAACAAUCGGGGCACACCUCGUAUUGAACACAAUGAAAGUUUAGCGAGAAUCGAUUCACGCUUAAUAUACCGAUACCCCGUUUCGAUUAAUUCAAUUGUUAAUCAAACGAUCAAUGAGUUUCAUCGAUUCGAAUUUAAUUUCAAACGAGACUGUAAUCAAAGUACCGAGUUGCAUUUAUUAAAUUUCAUUAAUGGGGUAAUUUUCUACUGCAUGGUCUUCGACGUAAAUUUUCAAAUAAUAUACUCCCAUCAUUUACCAAAACGUUGUUUCGAAUCCAUCAGUAUCAACGGAGACAUUAGACUAACGACACGUACUGAUAUUUGAAAAUUAGAGAAAGAAUUAAAUGUACCGAUAGAAGAGCGAGAACACUUUCUAACUAGCCAUAUCUGAGACAUAAUCAAGAACAAACAAAUUUUCUUCGUUUAAGAAAACCCUGAAUAACGACCGAUAAAGAUGAUGAAAAAAAAAAAGAAGGUUCUUUCUUGUCGGCAGAGAAAUGAAAUCAUUUAUCUUGAGAAAGAGAGAAAGAGAGAAAUGCGAAAUAAAGAAGUACUUGGGAUUCGUGAGGGAAGGGGUGACUGAUAGAUAAGCGUUCGACAAACUUUAAUGUCCCUUAGGCUAGAUAGGUGAAUCUAAUGCAGGUUUAAAAGGAAUUUAAAACAAACAAAGUUAGCACGUCAUUAACAACAACAACAACAACAACAAUAAUACUUAUUAAUAACAAUUAUGUUACAAAGUAAGAAAUAAUAAUAGAGUUAGCUGCCGGUUCAAACUGGCUUGGCCACGCGGUCGACUGUCCUAGGUAGGGUUAAGAUUCGGUUACGUGGGAUUAUCGGUAACAACACGGCAACAUUAUGUUAAUAUAAAAAGAAAAAUAAUUGAUUAAAAUUUAUUUUGAGCACUAUACUUACUUAAUAUUAGAAAUGUUUUAAUUGCUUAUUUUUAAUUUCAUCUGAAACAAAAUUUUAUGCUAUCAUAUUAAGGAAAAUUUUCCUUAAUUUUUCCUUAAUUACCGUGCAAUGUUACGGAUUUUACGUGACCAAGAGCAACCAGUAGAGCGAACAGUACAAAGUAACGUGUCCUAGAGCUAAUUGAGAAAGAGAAAAGCGUUCGAGAGUGAAAUGUAGGUGAUAGAAGGUGCGUUAUGUUUCGUGGAAACGAUAGGAUUAGAGUUCCUUCUCGUUAAGGCAGAUUUUUGUACGUCGACGAGCACGAUUCCAUGGGAAAUCGUUGAACAAGAAAUAUUUAAAUCAUACCGCAAAGCGUAGCCUGUGAGAAACUAUGUAGUUUAAGCAAAGAAAGAAUAUUGAUCAUUUGUUUUUGAUGCGUUUUGAUUGUGUCUCUAUUGAUUUUCUUCGAUAAUUGAAAAAAAAAAAAAAAUUGUUGCCUCAAAAAUCUAUCUUUUGUGUAAUAUGAAACUUUUUUAAAAUUAAUCAUUUUUAAAUUAAAUUUUUAGAAAUUUCAAGAUAUGACAUUCGGCUAUUGUUUGAAAUAAUUUAUCUUAAAAGUUUGCCACUUUUUAUUUCUAUUGAAAUAAGAGACACUUUCAGCGUCGAACCGUAUACAAUCACAAAACACAAUAAAGAAGAAUAUAUUAUUCAAUGAAUGAUUGUACACUACCGUUCAAAGGUCUUGGAAUAUUUUCGAUAAGAAUAUAGUAUCAUGGAAACUAUAAAAAAAUACUAAUUCACAAUUUUUCUCCGGUUUACAUAAAUUUUUCUAAAUAUUCUAAGACUUUUGAACGAUAGAGAAGUUAAAAGUCUAAAAAGGAAAGGUAACGGAAAUGAGAAAAUAAAAUUCUAUUGCAUGUACGUGUAUCAAACGAACACUUGUACACGUACAUAGCCAGAAUACGUAUAUAUGUGCGUAAAUAAGAAAAUUAUGUAUACACGUUGUUGCAUAAUGUUAGAGACGAAGAGGAAAAAUGUUUUACGCGUGAUCACUGUUUGAUUCGAGAUGUUUAUCGUGUAUUGAAAAUUGCGAGAAUUAAGAAAUAAUCUAUAGAAAUGGAAGAUUUCAAAAGAAACUAAAUGAAAAAGGCAAAAAAAA